UUGAAGGAUCUCUUACUCUUUGAGACAGUAUGGAUGGACCUGAAAUAAGCCAGUUAGCCUUAUUUAAUGUAUAAAGAACACUUGAAAAUGAGGGGAGAAAGAACAACCACCCAAUAGCAAUAUGUGGAAAGACAUGUACAUACAAUUUACAAUGAUAUCAAAAUAAAAUGCAAUUGAGAGACUUCUAUCAUUUUAGUGGAAAUUAAAAAGUGACAUACAUGGUAGAAAGGGUGUGGGGAAACACACUCCUGUAUUGCUAGUGGGAAAGCAAAAAACGGAUCUGAGCCUCAGGGGAGGGACUAGCCUGGAGAUGUAAUUAAAUUGGGAAUCUUCUGUGCUUGGAGGAAAAUGAACAGAGGUAACUCAGGGAGAGAACAUGUGGACUGAGAAGAGAGGAGGCUCAGAAACACCUUACUUAAAGUGGCAGCACAACUUUCUGGCGGGCACCACCACCAGACUCCAGUCAGGCACAGCUGGUCUUGAAAGUGGGCUGUGGGGCUGAGUUGCUGAGCACUCUUAGUGAUGUAGGGUACCCUCCCUGUGAUUAGCUGUCACACCUGGAGAUAAUGGGUAUCUCACAGGGAUGGUGGGCGAGGACCUGAGAUGCACCAGGUAAAGAACCUGCGGGCAGAAAGCUGCCUCCUCCUGCUGUCAAGGAUGUGGAGAAAAGUUUCAGUGAGUACCCCCAUGGCCAUCACCCGCCUCCCUCCCCCCACCCACUACCACCUCCGGUCUGCAGCAGCCAGGUCUCCCAGGAUUUGGGUGAGGGGGGGUUCUAGUUGGGGGUGAUGCGACGAUCACGUGAUCCACCGAGUGCCCACGUGGGCAGCAGCACCCGCCCCCAGACAAAUCCCAGUGCCAUUCGCUCCCCUUGCCUGUGGGGUGCCACCUCCCUGAGAUGCCCUGGCAGCAGGCGAGGGGAGAGUGGGCUUCCAUGAGCCUGAGGAGGCGCAGGCCUGGCCCGGGCCCGCAGGUGAGUGUGCCGGUGGGCCUUGCCAGCGGCCUCGGUUGGGGUGAAGGUGGAUGCGAGGAUGGAGAACAGCGGUGGGAUGGGGAAGCUAAAGAAUCGCGGAGAUGGGGGAGGAGGUGAACCUGGCGCUGGCGCUGGCGCAGGCAGGUGAGAAAAGAAGACCCCAUCACGGGCCCCGCCACCUCCUCAACGCCCCACCUCUGAGCCCUCCAUCCAUUUUCGAGCCCAAUAUGGGAGGGGGCGCGUACCGCAGUGCGACAGUGAAACGUAGGCAUAUUCUGGAAAUAACUCCCUCCCCACCCACCCCACCUCACACUGGGCCUGUGAGGAAAUAUUGACCUCCACGAAAAAGGGGUGAGGGUGGGGUGGGUUAACUGCAGGGUAGGGGUACACAGAAGCACAAGCAGUUUGGAAAGCUUCCUGAUCUGGUGCCCCAGGCCUGAAAAGCGAUAUGGCCACUUGGGUGCGGGGCAGGUAGGGGAGGGCAACGUUGGAUGUGGAGCGCCCGGAUUCAGGAAAGGAACACCAGUCCACUGAGCGCACAGCCACUGCCCCGGUUUCUUGUCUGUCUGCAGGUCUGUGUGUCUGACCCCAGCACUCUGCUAGACACAGAAAGGAAAAACCUGUCCAGAAUCCCUGCAGGAAAGGGAGGGAACAUCUCAAUAUGGAAAAAUUCUAUAAUGAAAAUGAAGAAAAGCUGGAAAUCGAGGGAAAGCCAGAAGAUGAAGUAGAUACAGAAGAUGAAGGAAAGUCAGACGGGAAAGAAAACCCAGAAGUGGAGGGGAAGCCAGAGCAAGAGGAAAAGCUCCAAGACCAAGGACAGCUAGAUGACGCGGGGAAACAAGAAAAGCAGAGCAAGUCCCAAGGUGAGGGGAAAGCAUGCAGUGAGGGCAAGCCAGAACCCCAGGCCAAGCCAGAGAGCCAGCUGCGAGCUGCCGAAAAACGCCCGGCUGAAGAGUAUGUGCCCCGGAAAGCUAAGCAAAAAACGGACAGGUGGACGGAUGAUUCCCUCAAGGACUAUCAGGAGGACUUACAGAAAAGGCAUUUGGGCAUUGAGGAGAGGAUGAGAGAAUGUGGAGAUGUGUCAAGGGCUCAGGAAGAGCUAAGGAAAAGACAGAAAACAGGUAGUUUUCACUGGAUGCAAAGAGAUGUACAGGAUCCAUUCUCCCAAGGGGCCAAUGGGGUGUCAGGGGAAUGAGGGGUGGAGGUAGGAGCCAAAGGGGUGUACAUAAUAUCCCAUAUCUUUAAAGCCCUUGGACUUCAAUUCUGAUUUCUCUGAUAAGAAUAUUCCAACCCUGCUUUCCCUUGGGCAGGGAGCGGGGAGGGUAUUUUCCAGGCAAUGUGCUUUAACCUUAAGCUGAUACUUUGCUGUAGGUGUCUGCCAUUCUUGUUACCAGCCACCUUUUGGUCCAAUAUACAGUGCUCUCUGUUUCAGUACUGGAUUUUCAUUCAUGUGCAUGGAAGAGAAGGUCAUGGUACUUUGUAAAACAAUAAAACUGUUUUUAGAACCAAA